UUCAUUAUGAUUCUUUAAGAGAAACUCUGACGAUCAAAGGUGUGGUGUUCAGCGAUUUUGUGUAAAACUUAUAUGUUUUCAAUAUAGUUUACUAAGUAAUCUAUAAUUUGAUUUGAAAUAAUGGAAGAAUCAGAUGUUGGCGAACCACCGCCAAACAUCGUUGUAGCUUCUGUUGAUGCUGUAAUAAAGUACUUAAGAGACGUUUCGAUUAGCUUAUUUGAAGAAGAUUCUUAUGUACUGAUUGAUAACGUAUUUGUCACAGAUUAUGCAAAAGAAUUGUUAAAAAAGUUUAUAUUGGAAUCACAAUGUAAAUCCAUUAUUGUUUAUCGAACUACAUCAUUAAAAGAUGAGGUCGAAAAUGAGUCAGCUGCAACUUCUGAUUACUUUUAUGGAUUGCAGUUGUCUGUGCAGUUUAUUUCUGAAAAAGAAACAUCAAUUGCAUUUAUAAAGCGGGGUGCUGUUAUUGAGGCUGACAAAAAAAUAAGUAACCAACUCCAUAUUUUAAAUAUGGUUAGUUCAACUCCAUUUGACAUGCUACACUCUUGCAUUAGUAAUGCUGUAUCUCCUUUUUUUAAAACAUAUGUCAAAAAAUCUGGUAAGUCAGACAGAGAAGGUGAUAAGAUGGUGCCAUCAGUUGAGAAAAAAAUUGCUGAAUUAGAAAUGGGGCUAUUGCAUUUGCAGCAAAAUAUUGAUAUUCCUGAGAUUACUCUACAAAUUCAUCCAUUUGUUCAGGGUUUAUUGAAAAAAGCAGAAGCUGAAAAACGGAAAGUUACUCAAGAUGAUUAUGCAGAAAAAGCAGACGAUUCUACUUUCCUAAAUUCUUUACAAAAUCAAGUUAACCGAUGGAUUCGAGAAAUUCAAAAGGUUACUAAGUUGGAGCGAGAUCCAGCCUCUGGAAAUGCGUUGCAAGAGAUCAGUUUUUGGUUAAAUUUGGAGAAAGCUUUGCAUCGAAUUGAAGAUAAGCAAGAAAGUCCUGAAGUAAAACUAACCUUGGAUAUACUAAAAUUUGCAAAACGUUUUCAUGCAAUUGUUAGCUUUACUAAUGAUACUGGUUUAAAACAAGGUCUGCAAACUGUUGCUAACUAUAAUCCUCUUAUGAAAGACUUUCCGUUAGAUCAAUUACUUUCAGCAACUGAGUUAGAAAGAAUUAAAGAUGCUUUAGUUGGAAUUUUUGGGCAUUUAAAAAAAAUUAAGUUAUCACAAUAUCCUGUUCAACGGUGCUUACGUUUAAUUGAGGCUAUUUCUAAAGAUCUAAUGUCACAAUUGUUAAAAGUACUUUCAACUAAGAAGCUUAUGCUUAUGAAUUAUGAAGAUUUUGAAAAGGUAAUGAUUGGGACAUUUUCUGUUUUACUUGCUUGGGAUGAUGAGUAUGAUCGUCUGCAGCAAAUCUUGCGUGAUAUGGCUAAAAAAAAAAGAGACGAUAGCCUCAAAACAAUGUGGAGAGUUAAUCCUAGUCAUAAAAAAUUGCAAGCACGAUUAGAUGAUAUGAGAAAAUUCCGAAAACAACACGAGCAGUUAAGAAUUGUGAUAUUAAGAGUGCUGCGUCCUGCAACUGCUAAACUUUCCAUUGAAGUUGUUUCUGAUAAUAUUGAUGAACAUAUGGUGGAUAUGGCAGAUGCAAAUGCGGUUCAAGAGGUUGAUCUUGCUUAUGAAUAUUUCAAAGAAGUUGAUCCAUUAGAUGUAACCAAAGAUGGAAAUGAAGCCUGGGAAACAGCUUUGAAAUAUUAUGGAGAGAGAAUUGACAGAGUUGAAACUAGAAUAACAGCCAGACUAAGAGAUCAAUUAGGAACAGCCAAGAAUGCUAAUGAGAUGUUUAGAAUAUUUUCUAGAUUUAAUGCUCUUUUUGUGCGUCCCAGAAUAAGAGGUGCAAUUCGAGAGUACCAAAAGUUACUUAUUGGUUUAGUCAAGGAAGAUAUUGAUUCUUUACAUGAUAAAUUUAAAGUUCAAUAUCCUCAUAGUAAAGCUUCAAAGAUGAGUAAAGUUCGUGAUCUUCCUCCAGUAUCUGGAUCAAUUAUUUGGGCCAAAGAGAUUGAAAGGCAGCUUCGAACUUAUCUCAAGAGAGUUGAAGAUGUUUUAGGUAAAGAUUGGGAAAACCAUAUCGAAGGGCAAGGAUUAAAAGCUGACGGUGAUAAUUUUAGACAAAAGCUUAACACUCAAGAAAUAUUUGAUGAUUGGUCCCAGCAAGUUCAACAGAGAGCUCUUCUUGUUGUUGGCAGAUUGUUUGCCAUUGAUUCACAUAAGACAAGAAGUGGCCCUAUUAAAACAAUUCUUAGGAUCCGUGUAAACUUUUUAAAAGAAGUAAUAACACUAGCUAAAGAGGUCAGGAAUUUAAAAUGGCUUGGAUUUAGAGUACCACUAGCCAUUGUUAGACAAGCAAACGACGCCAAUCAAUAUUAUCCAUCAGCAAUAUCGCUUAUUGAGAGCAUUCGAACAUAUGAAAUAACAAAUAAUAAGGUACUUGAAAAACCAACUAUUAUUCCAUUAGUUGCUGGAGUUAGACGUGAUAUUCAAACUUUAGUUGCAGAGGGAAUUGGUCUUGAAUGGAUGUCUUAUAAACUGAUGCCUUAUGUGAUGAGACUUUCUGAAGCAGUAACUGGAUAUCAAGAAAAGGUUGAAGAAUUACUUACUAGCAUUCAGAAAAUUGAUAUUGAAGUUCAAUCUUUAUCUACUUGUGCUUAUAAGCCUGAAGUGUUUGAGGAAAUUCUUUCAAAAAUACAGAAAGCUGUAGAUGAGUUAAAUCUGCAUAGUUAUUCAAAUUUAAAUGCUUGGGUCCGUAGUCUAGAUGAACAGGUUGAAAACAAACUUGCUGCCCGCCUGCAAGCUGGCUUAAAAGAGUGGAUAAAAUCAUUAAAAAAAGAAAAUGAACUUAUUGAUGACAAAGAGUUAGCUGCAUACAGACCUGGAGGGUUUGCAGACAUCAAAUCGAUGCGCAUUGAGUUUCAUAUAAUGAAUCAUGUCAUUAGUGUUAAUCCAUCUGUAGAAAGUUGUAGAGAGCAUCUUUACAACGAAUAUGCUUCUUGGGUAGAAGUAAUUACAGGGUUACGUAAAAUACAAAGCCAAAGAUAUCAGGUAGGAAUUGAAGUUCAUGAGGAGGUAACUACUAAGUAUAGAGAUUUAUUAGAAAAAUUACCAGAUCCAUCUGGAAUUCAGACAUAUGACGUUUAUGUUGAAAUUGAGCAUUUGAUGAACUUAAUUACAGUUUAUUGCAAAGAAUGGCUUAAUUUUCAGUCUUUAUGGGAUGUUGAAAUGGUCAAUGUUCUUCCUCAAUUAAAAACACUUGAAAAUUGGAUGGAUAUGCUUGGGGACAUAAAGGCAAGUCGUCACACUUUCGACACAGCUGAAACGUUUAAAGAAUUUGGUCCAAUAAUAAUUGAUUUCAAUGCAAUUCAAACUAAAGUAAAUUUAAAAUAUGAUACACUUCAAAAAGCUGUUGUUCAACAAUUCGGUACUCGUCUGGGAGAAGAAAUUUCAGAUUUUUUUGUAAAUGUUUCUAAGGCUAGAAGUGAUUUAGAACAACAGUCACUUGAAGUAGCUAGUACAGCAGAAGCUGUAACAUUUAUUACUUAUGUGCAAGGGCUUAAGCGCAAAAUUAAACUAUGGGAAAAAAGUGUCAUGGAGUUCCGUGAAGGUCAAAAAAUUCUCGAACGUCAAAGAUAUCAAUUUCCAACAUUUUGGUUAUAUUCUGACAAUGUUGAUGGAGAGUGGGGAGCUUUUAAUGAUAUUUUAAAGAGAAAAGAUAGUGCUAUUCAGAAUCAAAUAUCAACAUUGCAACACAAAAUAAUUGCUGAAGAUCAAUCAGUUGAAGAAAGGACAUACAAUCUUCUUGUUGAAUGGGAGAAAGAAAAACCUGUUUCAGGUGUAAUUAAGUCUGAGACAGCUCUUAAUACUCUGGCUAUAUUUGAAGGUAAAUUUAAUCGUCUUAAAGAAGACAGAGAUAAUAUUCAAAAAGCCAAAGAAGCUCUUGAGCUCAUUGAAAUCGGAAACUUGCCUCCUUCAGAAGAACGUGUACAAGUAGCUAUUGAAGAGCUUGUUGACUUCAAAUCAGUUUGGAGUGAAUUAGAUAGAGUUUGGUCUCAACUAGAUGCUUUAAAAGAACAAACAUGGGUUUCUGUGUUACCUAGGAAGCUUAGACAGUCUUUGGAUAAUAUUGCCAAUGGAUUAAAGUUGUUACCAGCAAGAAUGAGACAGUAUGCUGCAUUUGACUAUGUGCAAAAAAUUAUCAAAGGGUAUCUUAAGGUUAAUGUCUUAAUUGUGGAAUUAAAAUCAGAGGCUCUAAAAGAGCGUCACUGGAAACAAUUGACAAGAAAAUUAAAUGUGAAGCUGUCAUUUACUGAUUUGACUUUAGGCCAAAUAUGGGAUUGUAACCUCGAAAAAAAUGAACUUAUUGUUAAAGAUGUUAUUAGUGUAGCCCAAGGGGAGUUAGCUCUUGAGGAGUUUUUAAAACAGGUUAAAGAAGCCUGGCAGUCAUUUGAAUUAGAAUUAGUUUCAUAUCAAAAUAGAUGCAAAUUAAUUCGUUCCUGGGAUGAAUUAUUUGAUAAAGUGAAGGAGCAUAUCAAUAGUGUUUCAGCUAUGAAGCUUUCUCCUUAUUACAAGGUGUUUGAGGAAGAUGCUGUACAAUGGGAAGAUAAGUUAAAUAGAAUUUUAAACUUGUUUGAUGUAUGGAUUGAUGUUCAAAGAAGAUGGGUCUACUUAGAUGGUAUUUUUUCAGGUAGUGGAGAUAUACAGCAUUUGUUACCAAUUGAAACGCAAAGAUUUGGAAGCAUAAGUUCUGAAUUCUUAACAUUAAUGCGCAAAGUUGGAAAGGCACCUUUAGUUCUUGAUAUUUUAAACAUUCCUGGAGUACAACGUAUACUUGAGCGUUUAGGUGAUUUACUAGGAAAGAUUCAAAAAGCACUUGGAGAAUAUCUUGAACGUGAGAGAGCAUCUUUUCCUAGAUUUUAUUUUGUUGGUGAUGAAGACUUACUUGAAAUUAUUGGUAACAGUAAAAAUGUUGGUAGGUUACAAAAGCACUUUAAAAAGAUGUUUGCUGGUAUUCAUACAAUUUCUUUAAAUGCUGACUCAACUGUUGUUAAUGGAAUUUGCAGUAAAGAAGGAGAAGAAGUUCAUUUUAUUACUCCUGUUUCUUUAAUUGACUUUCCAAAAAUAAAUGAGUGGCUUAGUAAAGUUGAAGAGCAGAUGCGAUUGACUUUAGCAACAUUGUUAGCACGUUCUAUUAAGGACAUUCAAGCUUUUAGUGGAAAAGAAAUAGACACUGCAACAUAUAUGAAUUGGGUUGAUAAAUAUCAAGCUCAGUUAGUUAUUUUAUCUGCUCAGAUUUUUUGGUCUGAGCAAUGUGAAAAUGCUCUUGUUUCGAUACCAAAUGGAGAUACUGCAAAAAUACACGAGGUUUUAGCAGUUGUUGAGAAAACAUUAAAUAUUUUGGCUGAUUCAGUUUUGCAAGAGCAGCCUGUUGUUCGACGUCUAAAGCUUGAGCAAUUGAUAACUGAGCUUGUUCAUCAAAGAGAUGUGACUAGAAUGCUUAUUAAACAUGGUACACCUGAUGCCAAAUCUUUUCAGUGGUUAUCUCAAAUGAGAUUUUAUUUUGAUCCGAAGCAAAAGAAUGUUCUGGAACAGCUUUCAAUUUGUAUGGCAAAUGCAAAAUUCAAUUAUGGUUUUGAAUAUCUUGGUAUCCAAGAAAAGCUUGUUCAGACCCCAUUAACAGAUAGGUGCUAUUUAACAAUGACACAAGCAUUAGAAGGCCGAUUAGGUGGUUCUCCUUUUGGCCCUGCCGGUACUGGUAAAACUGAAUCAGUAAAAGCACUAGGUAACCAGCUGGGAAAGUUUGUAUUAGUAUUUAAUUGUGAUGAAAAUUUUGAUUUCCAAGCAAUGGGAAGAAUUUUUAUUGGGUUAUGUCAAGUUGGUGCAUGGGGUUGUUUUGAUGAAUUUAAUCGUCUUGAGGAAAGGAUGUUAUCAGCUGUUUCACAACAAAUUCAAACUAUUCAAAUAGCUCUCAAACAAGGUUGUCCUGAACCAGGUGUUCCGAUUACCAUACAGUUAAUUGGAAAAGAAGUUAAAGUCAGUGAAGAAAUGGCAAUUUUUAUAACAAUGAAUCCUGGCUAUGCAGGAAGAUCUAAUCUACCAGAUAAUUUAAAAAAAUUGUUUAGAAGUCUUGCCAUGACAACACCUGAUCGUCAAUUAAUAUCUCAAGUAAUGUUGUAUUCACAAGGCUUUAGGACUGCUGAAGUUCUUGCUGGAAAAGUUGUACCUUUUUUCAAGUUGUGUCGUGAACAACUUUCAUGUCAGUCACAUUAUGAUUUUGGGUUAAGAGCUUUAAAAAGUGUUCUUAUUAGUGCUGGUAAUGUCAAGCGUGAAAAAAUAUUGCAAUUAAAGAAAAAUUUAAAUGUUCAAGAAAUAAAUGAAACACGUAUUUCUGAAAAUUUAAAUGAACAAGAAAUAAUCAUUCAAAGUAUUUGCGAAACAAUGAUUCCAAAGCUAAUUGCAGAAGAUAUUCCGCUAAUUCACAGCUUGUUAGCAGAUGUGUUUCCAGGAGUAAAGUAUGUAGGUGCGGAGAUGUCAAGUCUACGAAAUGAAAUUAUGAAAGUUUGCAAAGAAAUGUAUCUUGUGUAUGGUGAAAAUGUUGAUUCGGGUGCUUUAUGGGUUGAAAAGGUUCUUCAAUUGUAUCAAAUAUCAUGUAUUCAUCAUGGUUUAAUGAUGGUGGGUCCCAGUGGAUCAGGGAAAUCAAUGGCAUGGAAGGUUUUACUAAAGGCUUUAGAAAGAUAUGAAGGGGUUCAAGGGGUUGCGCAUGUAAUAGAUCCUAAGGCUAUAUCUAAAGAAGAUCUAUAUGGUGUACUUGAUCCAAAUACUCGAGAAUGGUCUGAUGGACUCUUUACACAUACACUCAGAAAAAUUAUAGACAAUGUUAGAGGUGAGCUGACAAAGCGACAGUGGAUCAUAUUUGAUGGGGAUGUUGAUCCAGAAUGGGUAGAGAAUUUAAACAGCGUUCUUGACAAUACAAAAUUGCUAACUCUUCCAAAUGGUGAACGUUUAAGCAUACCCCAUAAUGUUCGAAUUAUGUUUGAAGUUCAAGACUUAAAGUAUGCAACUUUAGCAACAGUUAGUCGUUGUGGUAUGGUAUGGUUCUCACAUGAGGUAGUUUCUUCUGAAAUGAUUGUUGAAAACUAUUUGUCUAAAAUUAAGAAUGUUCUUGUUGAGGAGUCAGAAGAUGAUUAUAAAAAUAAAAUGGUUGGCAAUGAAGUUUCUCUUUCACCUACUCUACAGGUUCAAAGAAACUUUGCUGAUUGUUUAACACCUUACCUUGUAUCAAAUGGGUUAGUACUGAAAACAAUAGAGUUUGCCUCAACCAAAGAUCAUAUAAUGGAUUUUACAAAAAUGAGAGCCUUAAGCUCUCUUUUUUCUAUUUUAAAUCAAGGUUUAAGAAAUAUUCUUAACUAUAACCAUCAGCACCCUGAUUUUCCUAUGUCUUCAGAACAGUUUGAAAGUUAUGUACCAAAGUAUUUAGUGUAUGCCCUUGUUUGGUGUAUGGCUGGUGAUAGUAAGUUAUCCAUUCGUCAAGAGCUUAGUGAUUAUAUUCACAAGUUAACAACUAUCCCAUUGCCCUCUUCUCAAUCAGUAAUAAUUGAUUAUGAAGUUACAAUGAAUGGUGAUUGGGUUCCAUGGUCAAACAAAGUACCUCAUAUAGAAAUUGAAACGCACAAAGUUGCAUCACCUGAUGUUGUUGUACCAACAUUAGAUACUGUAAGACAUGAAUCAUUAUUAUACACUUGGUUAGCUGAGCAUAAACCUCUUCUUUUAUGUGGUCCUCCAGGAUCAGGAAAAACGAUGACUUUGUUUGCAGCUUUAAGAGCACUUCCUGAUAUGGAGGUUGUUGGUUUGAAUUUUUCAAGUGCUACAACUCCUGAGCUAAUACUAAAAACAUUUGAUCAUUACUGUGAGUAUAGAAGAACUCCUAAUGGUAUUGUUUUGUCUCCUGUUCAAAUUGGGAAGUGGUUAAUUUUAUUCUGUGAUGAAAUUAAUUUGCCAGAUAUGGAUCAGUAUGGCACACAAAGAGUAAUAUCUUUUUUACGCCAAUUAGUUGAACAAAAUGGUUUUUAUAGAACGUCUGAUCAUCAGUGGGUCUCUUUAGAAAAAAUUCAGUUUGUUGGAGCUUGUAAUCCUCCUACAGACCCAGGAAGAAAGCCAUUGUCGCACAGAUUCUUAAGGCAUGUUCCUGUUGUAUAUGUUGAUUACCCUGGUCCUUCAUCACUUGCUCAAAUUUAUGGCACAUUUAAUAGAGCUAUGUUAAAAUUAGUGCCAUCAUUAAGGGGUUUUGCAAAUCCUCUUACUGAUGCUAUGGUAGAGCUGUAUACCUUGUCUCAAUCAAAGUUUACUCAGGAAAUGCAACCUCACUACAUUUACUCACCUCGUGAAAUGACUCGUUGGGUAAGAGGAAUUUUAGAAGCAAUAAAACCAUUAGAUGAUUUGUCUGUUGAAGGUUUAGUAAGAUUGUGGGCACAUGAAGCUCUGCGACUUUUCCAUGACAGAUUAAUUUCUGAUGAAGAGAGGCGAUGGACAAAUACAAACAUUAAUCUUAUUGCAAAAAAACAUUUUCCAAAUAUUGAUUGUGAAUUAGCUUUAAAACGCCCAAUUCUUUACAGUAAUUGGCUAACAAAAGAUUAUGUCCCUGUAGACCAAGAGCAAUUAAGAGAUUUCACAAAAGCUAGACUGAAAGUGUUCUAUGAAGAAGAAUUAGAUGUGCCUCUUGUAUUAUUUGAUGAAGUACUUGACCAUGUUUUGAGAAUCGAUAGAAUUUUCCGUCAACCUCAGGGGCAUUUAUUGUUAAUUGGCGUAUCAGGAGCUGGGAAGACAACCUUAUCAAGAUUUGUAGCUUGGAUGAAUGGUUUGUCUGUUGUUCAAGUCAAGGUACAUAGAAAAUACACUGCAGAAGACUUUGAUGAAGAUUUAAGAAUUGUUCUUCGAAGGUCAGGUUGUCGUAAUGAGAAAAUAGCAUUUAUUAUGGAUGAAUCAAAUAUUUUAGAUUCAUCAUUUUUAGAGAGAAUGAAUACAUUGCUUGCUAAUGGUGAAGUUCCAGGUCUUUUUGAAGGGGAUGAGUAUUCUACUCUAAUCACUCAAUGUAAAGAAGGAUCUCAAAGAGCUGGUCUAAUGUUAGAUUCUGCUGAAGAACUUUAUAAAUGGUUUACACAGCAAGUAAUGAUUAAUUUGCAUGUUGUUUUAACUAUGAAUCCAUCUUCUGAAGGAUUAAAAAGUAGAGCAUCUACUUCACCAGCUUUGUUUAAUCGUUGUGUUCUUAAUUGGUUCGGUGAUUGGUCAACAGGAGCAUUAUAUCAAGUUGGACAGUCCUUUACAAGUAAAGUAGAUUUAGAGAGAAGUGGGUAUAAGCCACCUGAUUAUUUACCUCUGGUUUACAAAGACUUACAAAUGCCACCAAGUCAUCGUGAUGUUAUAGUAAAUGCUAUGGUUUUUGUUCAUCAAACUCUACAUGCAACAAAUGAAAGUGUUUCAGCUCGAGGUGGUCACACAGUUUCUGUCACACCAAGAAGUUUUUUGGAUUUUAUUCAUCAAUAUAUUAAGCUAUUUAAUGAAAAGAGAUCUGAUUUGGAAGAACAGCAACUACAUUUAAAUGUUGGUCUUCAGAAGAUUCGAGAUACUGUAUCUCAAGUGGAAGAAUUACAAAAAAGUUUGUCAAUGAAAAGUCAAGAAUUAGAAGCUAAAAAUGCUCUUGCUAAUCAAAAGUUAAAGCAAAUGGUCAAAGACCAACAAGAAGCAGAAAAGAAAAGAGUUACUUCUACAGAGUUGCAAUCAGAUUUAAUGCUGCAAACAGAACAAAUUAAUAUUAAAAAGGAACUUAUAAUGACAGAAUUAGCAGAGGUGGAACCAGCUUUACAAGAUGCUAAGACAGCUGUAAAAUCUAUUAAAAAAGAUAAUCUUGACGAAGUUCGCAGAUUAGGAAAUCCACCUCCAGCAAUUAAGCUAGCUUUAGAAUCUAUUUGUAUUUUACUAGGAACCCCUUCUACUGAUUGGAAAGAUAUAAGAGUUAUAUGCAGUAAAGCCACAUUUAUUCCAAGUAUUGUGAACUUUUCUACUGAUAGUCUAACUCUUGAAUCAAGAAAGCAGAUGGCUAAGUAUAUUUCUAAUCCAGAUUACACUUUUGAAAAAGUUAAUAAAGCAAGUGUUGCAUGUGGCCCUUUGGUCAAAUGGGCAAUUGCCCAAGUUAACUAUGCAACAAUGCUUCAGAAGGUUGAGCCUUUAAGAAAUGAAUUGUUCAAAAGUGAAGAAGAACUUUUGAAAAAUAAAUCCAAACUUGACUCAGUGGCAGAAAUGAUAAGUGAGUUAGAGCGCAGUAUAGCUCAAUAUAAAGAAGAAUAUGCUCUGCUGAUAAGUGAGGCUCAGACUAUUAAAGCUGAUUUAGUUUCUGUUGAGGCUAAAGUGUCACGAAGUACUGCUUUAUUACGAAGUUUAAGUACAGAAAGGAAAAGAUGGGAAUCAACUAGUAGUGGAUUUCAAACCCAAAUGGACACUGUUGCUGGUGAUGUUUUGCUCUGUUCAGCUUUUUUGGCUUAUGGAGGAUACUUUGAUCAGCAAGUGCGAUCUAGAUUAUGGUCAGCAUGGACUUCACAUCUUGAGCAAGCCUCAAUUCAAUUUAGAGAUGAUUUGGCUAGAACUGAAUAUUUGUCAACAGCUGAUGAUAGAUUAUUUUGGCAAUCUAAAUCUUUACCUGCAGAUGAUUUGUGCACAGAAAAUGCAGUUAUGCUAAAGCGACACAAUAGAUACCCUUUAAUAAUUGAUCCAUCUGGGCAAGCCACUGAAUUUAUAUUACAAGUUUUUGCUGAUAAAAAAAUUACGAAAACUAGUUUCCUAGAUGAUGCAUUCAGAAAGAACUUAGAAAGUGCUUUACGUUUUGGAAAUCCUCUUUUGGUUCAAGAUGUUGAAAGCUAUGAUCCAAUAUUAAAUCCUGUACUUAAUAAAGAACUUAGACGAACUGGUGGGAGGGUUUUGAUCACUCUUGGGGAUCAAGACAUUGAUUUAUCUCCAGCAUUUACUAUAUUUUUGUCGACCAGAGAUCCCACUAUCGAUUUUCCACCUGAUUUGUGUUCACGUGUUACAUUUGUGAAUUUCACUGUCACAAGAAGCAGCUUGCAAAGCCAGUGCUUAAAUGAAGUACUUAAAGCUGAGCGACCUGAGGUUGAUGCAAAACGUUCAGAUCUUUUAAAGCUUCAAGGAGAAUUCAAUCUCAGAUUACGUCAUUUAGAAAAGGCUUUACUACAAGCUCUUAAUGAUUCAAAAGGAAGCAUUUUAGAUGAUGAUAAGGUGAUAACAACACUGGAAACUCUUAAAACAGAAGCUGCUGAAAUAACAGAGAAAGUUGCAAAAACUGAUAAAGUUAUGAUAGAAGUUGAAGCUGUUACAGAUCAAUAUAGAAACUUAGCAUCUGCAUGUAGUAGCAUUUUCUUUACACUAGAAGGUCUUCACGUGGUACAUUUCAUGUAUCAAUAUUCUCUCAAAUUUUUUCUUGAAAUAUUUCAGUCAGUUCUUUAUAACAACCCCAAGUUAAAGGAUAAGAAGGAUCCAACAACUCGUCUUCAUUUACUAAUAGAAUGUUUGUUUCAAAGUGUUUAUGAUCGUGUUUCAAUGGGGUUGUUGCAUGAUGAUAGGAUUGCAUUUGGUAUGCUUAUUGCCAGGAUUCGUUUAAAAGGUCAAAGCCAACCUAAUUAUGAUGUUGAGUUUGACCAUUUCCUUCGAGGAAAAGAAAUUGUUGUUCAAUCUGAAAGUUUAGAUCUACAUGGAUUUUCAUUAGAUCAAAAAACAGCAUUGUUAAGACUAAGCAAAUUUAAGCCAUUUAAAGAUAUUUUAAAGUAUCUUUCAGAAAAUGAGAAGGAAUUCAAUGAUUUUGUCUGCUCACAAAAUCCAUAUGAUAAAGUACCAAAGUGUUGGGUUGAAUCAGAACCGCUAACUCCAUCCGGUGAAGUCAUGUAUAAAAUGUUGGUGUUGCAAGCAUUGAGACCGGAUAAUCUACAUGUUGCGAUGAGAGGUUUUGUUUUAUCUGUAUUAGGAAAUAAUUUCUUGCAUACAUCAGAACAAGAAAUAGAUUUAAUUCAUAUUGUCGAAAAUGAGAUCAAAGCUUCUACACCAAUGAUUUUAUGUUCAGCACCAGGGUAUGAUGUCAGUAGUAGAGUAGAUGAUUUAGUUGCAUUAACUAAUAAGCAAAUAACUUCAAUUGCAAUUGGCUCUGCUGAAGGUUUUAGCGAUGCUGAGAAAGCUAUAAAUGCUUCUAUUAAAUCAGGAAAAUGGGUUUUGUUAAAAAAUGUUCAUCUUGCCACUCAAUGGUUGGUUUCUCUUGAAAAGCGUUUGCAUUCACUUCAACCACAUCCCAAUUUCCGCUUGUUUAUGACUAUGGAGAUCAAUCCUAAAGUUCCUGUUAAUCUGCUUAGAGCUUCCAGGAUAUUUGUUUUUGAACCACCUCCUGGUAUUAAAGCAAACCUGCUUCGCACAUUUUCUACUAUUUCUUCUUCUAGAAUGUCAGAAUCGCCUGCUGAACGUCCUCGACUUUAUUUUCUUCUUGCAUGGUUUCAUGCUAUUGUACAGGAGCGUUUGCGUUACACACCCUUAGGCUGGUCAAAGUUAUAUGAAUUUAAUGAGUCUGAUUUAAGAGUUGCUUUUGAUAUGCUAGAUACUUGGAUAGCAUCUGUGUCUCAAAAUCGUGCUAAUAUUGCUCCUGAAAAACUUCCUUGGGAUGCAUUUAGCACUUUGCUGGGUCAGUCAAUCUAUGGUGGUCGUAUUGAUAAUGAUUUUGAUCAACGUUUAAUUCAGUCUUUUAUUGAACGUGUUUUUACCUUAAAGAGUUUUGACUCAGAAUUUCCUUUAGUAUCAACUUCGUCAAAAGAUAUUGUUAUACCAGAUGUUUUUAGAAGGGAGCAAUUCAUACAGUGGUGUGAAAGUUUACCAGAUUACCAACCACCGUCAUGGUUGGGUUUACCCAACAAUGCUGAAAAAGUUAUUCUGACAAAUUUAUCAGAAGCAACUACCUCAAAGAUAUUAAAAAUGCGGCUAACAGCAGAAGAUGAUGAACUUGCUUAUGUUCCUGAUGAACAAAAAAUGGAUAAGGGGUUAGGUAUUGAUGUAAGACCUCAAUGGAUGAAAGAUUUACAUCAGUCUGUUAAAGGAUGGUUGCAUAUUUUGCCUGAUAAGAUUCUUGCCAUUAAGCGUACUGUUGAAAACAUCAAAGAUCCCCUUUAUAGAUUUUUUGAAAGAGAAAUAAAUGUAGGUGUCAAAUUACUUACUACUGUGCGCAAUGAUCUUGGGCAAGUUAUUGAUGUUUGUGAAGGUAAUAGCAAACAAACCAAUGAUCUUAGAAACUUAAUCGAUACUAUAGUAAAAGGAAUUAUACCAAAAUCUUGGAACAGAUUUACGUUUCCUGAAGGAUUAACAGUUAUACAGUGGGUUGUAGACUUAUCGGAGCGAAUGAAGCAGUUGCAAAGUAUUUCUCGUGUUGCGAAUGCUAGUGGAGCUAAAGAGUUGCGAAACAUUAAAGUCUGGUUAGGCGGUCUUUUUAUUCCUGAAGCCUACAUUACAGCAACACGUCAGUAUAUCGCUCAAGCAAAUCAAUGGUCGUUGGAAGAGCUUUAUUUAAAGGUUUCUAUUGUUGAUGAUUUCGCUGCGAUUCAGAGUGUUUCAGACAGUGGAUUUGUCAUUACUGGACUAAAACUUCAAGGUGCAACUUGUUUGGGCAAUAAAUUACAAAUUGCUGACACAAUGAUGACAGACUUACCAGAAACUAGCUUGCACUGGAUAAAAAUGGAUUCUAUGACUUUAGGCAAAACCAAAGUUGACGGUAUUACAUUGCCGGUUUAUUUAAACCAAACCAGGAAAGAUUUACUUUUUACAGUAGAUAUGGAGUCAAAUGGAGAUGUCCCUAAACGUGUUUUUUAUGAACGAGGAGUUGCUUUUAUUUCAUCAAAUUUGUCUGGCUAAAAACACGUUUAAAAUUUUUUUAAAAAUUAACAAAUUAAAAAUGAA